GCCGGCACGCUUUAUAAACCCACCGUCCUUCGACAUUCUCGCGUCCCCUCCGCCCGUCCCUCCGUCGUCUUUGGUUGGGGAGAGAACAAAGUCUGAUAUACUUCGAGCUUUGCCGUCGGGGUUCCCCAUCUUCUCAUCUCACACGAAGCAGCGGGGAGAGGAGAUUUAGGGGCGGGAGGAUCCAUCAGCCCAUCACCGUGUCCGAGCUGGCCAUUGUUGUCUCUUCCCCGAGCGGCAGUUUCUGGCCACCGGCGUGCGUUGCCGUCCCGACCAAGCGAGUAGCGGGGUGUUUCUUGUGCUGAAUGGCAGCGGAGUGCCCCCACGCCGGCGCGGAGCUCUGGCUCCCGGAUGAGUUCCUGGACGACGACUUCUUCUCCGAGGAGGAGAAGGCGGCGGUGGCGGCCAAGAGCGAGAGCGACGAGGAGGAAGGGCUCGGUGGGCUCUCGCGCCGCAUGGCGGGACUCCUCGGUGGUGACGGCGACGGGGAUGAUGCCCCUCCCAAGGCGGAGUUGAUGACUGGUUCACCGCAGUCCACGCUGUGCGGGCUGCCGGCUUCUGGGGAGGAUAGCCCCAACGGCGUUGCGUCGCAGGUCAGCUCGCCGCCGCCGUCGCCACUGGAGCAGCCGCCGGCUGAUCCCUGGGACCUGCUGUACGAGGCGGCCGGGCAGGUGUCCCGCCUCCGCUCGGACAGCAUCCCCGUGCCCAAGAACGCGACUGCCCAUCAAGGCCACGCCGUCGUGCCGCCGGCGAGGAGGCUCUCUCCGCCGGGCCCGGUUCCCCAGGCUGCCGGUGUCAACAACUAUCCGCGGAAUCACCUCCAGCAGCAGAUUCAGGCAGCUCGUUUUCAUGCCCUGAAGCAACAUCAGAUGCUCAAGCAACAGCGGGAGCGGCAGCUCGCCGCUGCGGCGGCGGCGGCGGUAUGGGGUACGCACCAGGGCGGUGCUCAACAAACCGCCGGCUUUGGUGCUCCACUUGGCCUCAACUCGUCCGCGUUUCCUCCGCUUCAGAAGCAGCAACAGCAGGCGGUGUCCACGGCCGGCAUGCGCACCGUGUUCCUCACCCCUCCCGGCGCCAAGCGUGAGUGCACUGGCACCGGUGUGUUCAUCCCCCGCCAGGCCGGCGCCCCCGCCGAACGCAAGAAAAAGCCAGUCUGCUCCACUGUUCUUCUCCCGGCUCGCGUCGUGCAGGCACUCAAUCUCGACGUCGAGGACCUCGGGGCUCGUCCAAUCUAUCCUGGCGGUUUCGUUCUUGAUCACGACGCACUGGUCAGUCGGAGCAACGCGCUGCUGGCAAGCCAGAAGCGCGCGUCCCAGCUCCCUUGUUCCACUGCUAGUGAGGUCAAUCUCCCCCAGGAAUGGACGUAUUGAAUCGCCGAAUUGCUCAUCUCAUCAUCUGUUCAAAUCCGAAGUUAAUGGGCCAUAUUUAAGAAAAAAAUACUAUUGUUAGUUAGGUGUUAGGCUAGAAGUAGGAGGCAGCGGUGGUAGCAUCAGCGUUAGGUGUUCUUGUGUCGUGAUAUAUUGGUUAUUUUGGAUGGUGUGUGACGGAUGGAUGGAUGCAGACGAACUAGAGCGAAAAUACAUGGCUUUCGCAGGUCGUUGGGGGUGGCAUUUCAGAGGAACAAUAAGUGGUUUCUUUUGUUGAAUUGGGAGGUAUGAUAGCUGGUUGUGGUAUGACGAUAGUUAUGCAAAAUAUCAGCAGCAGUUUGCAAAGAUGUCACUAUAGGCAAGAAAUAAGAGGAGCUCCAAGUUUCCGUUCC